AUGCGAUUAUGGAAUAAAGCUGCAAUAUCUAAAGCUAGUUGGGAUAUAGAACACAAAAGUGACAGGCUAUGGAUCAGAUGGUUGCAUGCAUACUAUAUCAAGAAUCAACAAUUUGGUCAAAUGGCUAUUCCUCAACAGGCUGGGUGGAUGUUAAUGGGGAACAAUGUGAAAAUUUCAUGGAAAACAUUGAGGUUUGGAAAUAAUGCUCGACCAAAAGCACAAUUUACAGUAUGGCUACAAAUGCAGGGCAGACUUCUGACUGUGGAUAGAAUUGCUUCCUGGGGUGUAAGUGUGGAUCAUGAAUGCAAGCUGUACAAUAGUCAAAGUGAAACGAGAGACCAUAUCUUCAUGGAAUGUCCUUAUUCUGUCAAAGUCUGGGAAGGGGUACUAAAAUGGAUGCAGGUUCCUUGCUUCAGAACAACACAAUGGGAACAACUGGAGAAUUGGAUUAUCCAAAGAGCAAAGGGUAAAUCACAGAAAGCCCAGGUAUUCAAGAUGGUACAUACAGAAUGGGUGCAUGCACUAUGGAUUGAAAGGAAUCAACGUAGAUUCGAAAAGAGAUCAAGGAGGGCAGAACAAUUGGUGAGGGAAAUAACAUAUGUGUGUAAUGUCCGAGCUCAUACUAGAAUUAAAGAAAUGGUUUAA